UGUGUCGGCUGAUCUGCACCUGCACGCGGACGCGGACGCGAGCGAUAAUAUGACUCCCCUUUCCAGUCCACAUGGCUCUUUUUUAGCCCUUUAUUCCUCUCCUCAAAGAUCAAGCCGUCCAAAUUCACUCACAAAGUGUGCUCGCGUCGAGAGAACCAUAUGUCUGAGUGUGGAAAACUGCAAACGUCACGCGCCCUUUACAACGAAUAAUAAUCCUCCACGUGUAGAAGCAGUUACUCCACCUUUCCGUUUUCGUUCACUAUUUAAAUUCCAUCCCAACUCCCCAAGUUCCCGGACGUUUCUUCACUGCUGAGAUUUCUUCAAUCUGUAGAUAAAUCAAAAUUACUUGGAGUGGAUUUCAACAUCCCGCAAUGGAGGUCUCCGGUGUGCUCUUCCAGUCCCCUCAGAGCAUUACCGGCGCUGGAUUGGAUUCUCACCCUUCCAAAAUCUGUUUUUCCAGUCUUUCAGUCGGUGCCGGAAAGAGGCUUUCCGGCGAGCUUCGGAUUGUAGGUUCUCGAGAUUCUACCAUCUCUCUAAGGCCCAGAAAGCCUUUGGGAUCUUCGAGUUCUGGGUUUUCGGAUAAUGGGCAUCUGCAGUAUUACGUCUCGCCGAGAUGUGCUAGAAAUAAAAGGGAGAAGGUGAAGAAGAAGGAGAAGGACUCGGAGAUGGCUACGAUAAAGAGGAAGCUAAAGUUGAUUAAAGGGUUAUCUAAGAACUUGUCGAUGUUUUCUCAGAUGGAUUUUCUGGAAUUUGGCGAUGAUUCGGUCAAGGGUGACGAACGAAAGAAGAUCUCGGAUGCAGCUGAGGUUUUAAUGGCGCAACUGGAACACUUGAGAACAGAAGAGGAGGAACUAAAGAGCAAGAAGAAAGAGGAGAAGGCACGGAUGAAAGCAGCAGCAGGUAUGGAAGUCCGGGGUAAAAGCGAAUCAUCCUCAAGCUCCUCCUCUGAAUCAAGUGAUAGUGACUGCGGACAGGUGGUCAGUAUGAGCUCUUUGAGGAAGAGGACGCAAUCAGAGCCACAAAUAACAAUUCAAACAGAAAAACCGAUAAUAAGCCUUGACCUUCCGAUCCAAGAGCAAAGAACCAUGGAUGGGAAUAAUGGAGUUGAGAGUUUGAGCAGUGGAGAAGCAUGGUGUAGCAGCAAAACUGGUAGUUUGAACUCAUCGGGUUGUCGAGAUAAUGGUAGCAGAGCAGAGAAAAUAGAGGUUUGCAUGGGCAGUAAAUGCAAGAAAUCAGGAGCUGGGGCAGUGUUAGAGGAAUUUGAGAGAAGGAUUGACGUAGAGGGUGCUGUUGUGGGAUGCAAGUGCAUGGGUAAGUGCAGAAAUGGUCCUAAUGUGCGGGUUUUCAGUUCAUAUUGCAGCAGUGUGAAGUAUACUAAUACUAGCGAUGAUGUAUCUGUUAGUGUUACAACUCCGGCUAACCACCCUCUUUGCCUUGGAGUGGGCAUAGAGGAUGUUGAUGUAAUUUUGGCCAACUUUCUGAUUUCUGAUGGCAGCAGCAGCUUGAACGUACUCAGCGCUUCCUCUGUAUUUUGAAUUUUGAUUUUGAGAUGGAUUUCGAGCUUUUUAAUUUUUUAUAUUCAUUCUACGAGGUUUUGGCUUUUAUGUGUCAUACAUAGUUUUAUGUUGGAAAAUAUUCAUAUAUGGAAGAAUUGGAAAAAAAAAUCAUACAUUCUAAAUUGAGGAACUGGUUAUCUAUUGCAUUAUUUGCAUAGAAAGAGGCAAAGAACAUGGUUUUAUUUUACUAGACUCGACUUAACAUGGUGUCCAGCAGUAAGAAGAGUUUGGUUUGCUUCUCGUCUUUCCAUUCGAACGGGUUUACAUGAUGAUUUGGAAUUAGAAGAUUGGUUCUCUCAUUGGUGGAAAUUGGAAGAUCCUUCAAAUCCAUCUAAAUUCUCUAUUUUUGCUGUUUGUGCUGUUAUAAUGUGGUAUAUAUGGAAAGAUAGAUGCAAAUCAGUAAUGGAGCAUGCAUCUUUUGAUCCAUUGAUCCAUUGAAGGUGGUAAUUUCUGCUCAUGCUCAUAUUGAUACUGUGUUGCAAUAUUCAGACUUUACCUAUAAUGAAGAUGGAAGAAACACACUCUUUAAUUC